GAACCCGUUUACUGAAGAACAUGGAAGGAAAUGGAAGCGAUGAACACAAGCAAAUACCAUCGAUACCUGGAAAUUACAUCACACCACUGAUCGCUAUCAUGCAUUCCAUAUUUCGGAACUAUCUGCAGUUUGAUCAUCAUCAACAGUUGACGAAGUUGUUUGCUUCAUUAUUAUUCUUGUCCUCCUUCAUGGCCUCUCAUGGAGGCGUGAUUUGCGAUAUAAACUGUCGGCGAUGUUAAUGAGAGGACGGACUCGGACGAUACUUUUGAUUAUUAUACUUAUGGGUUGUGUCCUAUACAUGUUCAUUUCCGCCUUCGAUGUGGUUAGAGGUAACACAGUCAUAUUACCUGGACAAAAAAUGGGUAAUUUAUCGAAAUACUCACCGCUCAUUUUCAUUGGAGGUGUUCCACGAUCAGGGACAACACUGAUUCGUGCUAUGUUGGAUGCACAUCCUUCUGUGCGAUGUGGUGAGGAAACACGUGUAAUACCACGCAUUCUGGGACUUAGGACACAAUGGAAAAAGAACCAAAAAGAAUGGAAUCGGUUAAAAGAAGCAGGUGUCACCGAUGAAGUAAUCAAUGAUGCUAUCUCAUCAUUUAUAUUACAAGUAAUAGCAGGUCAUGGUGAACCCGCUGAAAGACUCUGCAAUAAGGACCCUUUUACGAUGAAAUCAGCAGAAUAUCUUGCUCAUCUAUUCCCAAACAGCAAAUUUUUGCUGAUGGUUAGGGAUGGCCGGGCGACGGUUCAUUCAAUCAUAUCGCGUCAGGUGACCAUUACGGGUUUUGAUCUUAACGAUCCGAGACAGUGUCUGGAAAAAUGGAAUCAUGCCAUCAAGACAAUGUACGAGCAAUGUAAAACAAUAGGACAAAAGCGAUGUUUGACCGUUUAUUAUGAACAGUUGGUAUUGCAUCCAGAGCAGCAGUUGCGUCAUGUUCUUAAUUUCCUCGGCAUUCCAUGGAGUGAUUUAGUGCUUCAUCACGACAAACUGAUCGGCAAAGAUAUUUCGCUGUCAAAGGUUGAAAGAUCCACAGAUCAAGUAAUCAAACCGGUAAACUUGGAUGCAUUAGCUAAAUGGGUGGGUACGUUCGGUGAGGACAUUGUGCAGGAAAUGCCAUCUAUAGCACCAAUGUUGGCCGAACUCGGAUAUGAUCCAAAUGCUAAUCCGCCCAAAUAUGGUGAGCCUGAUCCGAUUGUACUGAAAAAUACUGAUGAAUUACACAUGAACAUGGGAGAAUGGGAGCGUAGAGCGAAAGCGAUAGUUGAUCCAGCAGCACCUGCUGCAUUGCAUUCUCCACUUGCUCGGUGAAGAUUUCGUUGCACACAUGCAAGCACACAGUACAUUUACUUUAUCUACAGUUACAGAUUACGUUACUCAUACAUAAGUAUUAACACUUUUCUCAUCCUUUCUGCUCACUUUUCCGUGCGUCAUGAAGCAGUAUUUACUUUAACAUGAACAAGUUUCCAUAUCGUUACCUUUCCUUUGUGUUUUCCUCCCUGUUCGUCAGUCAACCAUUAUUCUUUCAUUUGUUCCAGUAUAAGCAUUUUCUGUUUGGAUGAAAUUUCCAUUGUUAUCUCUUUUGGAAUUAAUUCCUUGUAAAUUCGUUGAACGUUGAACGUUGAACGCUUUCGAGUUUAAAGUUAUGUUCGGACUCUGCAUAACUGCAGGAAAUUGUGAAUGUUUCCGGGAAAACGUGAGCAGUCUUAGUGAUGGAUCAUGUUUUUUUUAUUGAUAAUAAUUAAAUAUUUAUUGACAUGGCAUUCCUUAUUAUUCAAUUACUUUUAUUGUGAGAGAUUCACUCCCUUCUCACUUGAUAGACGAGACAUGCCGAAUAGUCAUAUUGGCUGAAUGGUGAAAUAGUUUAGCUCUGAUAGACGAUCAGUUUUAUGAUCUGAUAAGUGUUAUUCCAUUGCACUUAUUGCUAUGAUGGAUAGUAACAGAAAUGGGAUGCUUUUGUCAGUGAAAAGUGCUUUGAUUAAUUUAAUGAAUUCAACAUUGCUCAAGCAUAUGUUUCGUUCUUUAGGCUCUCUCUACUUUAUCGUGAAUGAAUGCCGUAGCAAACUUAUUGUCCUUCUUCAGUUUUAUCUUAAACCCUUAUAUCAUUGAGCUCAAACACACCUGAUUAAGUACAGAAGUAUUUUUAAGGUUCUCUCACUUUCCAGUCUUGUUUGAACUUGGACUUUUUUAUUCG